UAUCCAAAACUCGAACUCUCCCCAAGAAAUGGGGAGGGAAAGAAAAUGCACAAGCAUUUAAGCAUAUGCUUCUUCAUCAUCUUUUCCACCUUUCCCCUAAUUUUACAAGCUCCAUUUUCGUAAAUAAACAAACGAUUCUCCACAUUCAUCACCCUUUCUCUCUCCUCCAAGCUUUCUCCCAUGGCGGAACAACAACCUCUCGAACAUUCCGACGAUCUUCAUCUCGCAACAAACGAAGAAGACGACGACUCAGAAACUCUCACCUCUCUCGACCUAACGAGUUACCAGCUCCACGACCUCGACUCAGUCGAGUUACCUCCGAGUUUGACCGAGUUAGAUUUAACUGCGAAUCGUCUCUCUCAAUUAGAUCCUCGAAUUUGCCUUCUCUCUCACCUUAAAAAACUCUCUCUUCGUCAAAACCUCUUCGAUGAUGCCGGCAUUCAAUCUCUCUCUCAUUCUCAUGCCAUUUCUUCUCUCGAGGAAUUGGUACUCAGAGACAAUAAGCUUAUGAAGAUACCAGAUGUCAGCAUAUACAAGGAUCUUGUGGUGUUUGAUGUAUCUUUCAAUGAGAUAUCUUCCUUAAGUGGGCUGUCAAAGGUCUCCAAUACUCUCAAAGAGCUUUAUGUGUCCAAAAAUGAAGUGACUAAGAUAGAGGAGAUAGAGCAUUUUCACAAGCUGCUAAUUCUCGAACUUGGUUCUAAUAAAUUGCGGGUAAUGGAGAACCUAGAAACUUUGAUUAACUUGCAAGAGUUGUGGCUCGGUCGGAAUCGGAUUAAAGCUGUAAACUUAUGUGGAUUAAAAUGCAUUAAAAAACUUAGUUUGCAGAGCAAUCGCUUGACAUCUAUGAAAGGAUUGGAGGAAUGUGAAGCCCUUGAAGAAUUAUACCUGAGCCAUAAUGGUAUUUCAAAGAUGGAAGGGUUAUCAACUUUGGCAAACCUUCGUGUGUUAGAUAUUGCAUCAAAUAAGCUAACAGCAAUAGAGGAUAUUGAAAAAUUGACAAGGUUGGAAGAUUUGUGGCUUAAUGAUAACCAGAUUGCGUCUCUGGAGGGUAUGGCUGACAUAGUUUCUGGUUCGAAGGAGAAGAUCACCACUAUCUAUCUCGAGAAUAACCCAUGUGCAAAAUCUCCCAACUACACUGCCACUUUGAGACAGAUCUUCCCAUAUAUUCAGCAAAUUGACUCUCAAAUUUUUGCUUAGAUAGACUUGAUCGCGCAAGAGUGUCUAAAUUCAAUUAAAGACAGCUGAAAUUACAAGUUUUGGCAUCUCGUGUAAUACAAAUCAUGGAGAUGAAGUGUGAAUUGAGAGCGGCAUAGGACCCGAGUGCGAAUUCUCGAAAACCAAGGAGCCAAGGACCGACCUUCAAGCCCUUGUUCUUUUUAGAAUUCUUUAUAAGGCGCAAGAGACCAUUGAAAGUACUCUUACACAAGCAAUUGGAUCUUAUUUAGAAGCAUGAUAUAGUGAGGAUCUCCAUCACCUCUUCCCAAGCUGUAUACUUAUACAAGUUUUCAGUGUUGAUGCUGACCGAAGAAUUAAAAUUUUGGAGUUUUCUUGUUUGUUUCCAAUUCUCCAAUUUAAUUAUAGGAUUUAUACAAGAUUAACCUCUUGAACAUCCUUUUGUAUGCUAUUGAUCCUUUUGUGUUUGAACCAGUUUUUCAAGUAUGUCA